CUUCUCGACACGACGGUGGGAUUCAGGAGGUUCACUGCGGCUUCUGUUCAUUCAUUUUCCAGCGGUACUUUGCGACAGUACUUUUUUACUACCGUCAUUAUUACACAGUCGCCGUUGGACCUUUCCACGCGAUAAAAUAGCCCAUCAUGAGAGUCGAAACCUGCCACUUCUGCUCUCGCCCGGUCUACCCUAGCAAGGGUAUUCAGUUCGUCCGCAAUGACGCCAAGGCGUUCCGUUUCUGCAGGAGCAAAUGCCACCAGAACUUCAAGGCUAAGCGACAACCGAGACGUGUGAAGUGGACCAAGGUCGGUCGUGCCGCCAAGGGCAAGGAGAUGAUCGUCGACUCCUCCCUCGUCCUGUCCCAGUUCGCCAAGAAGCGCAACGUCCCCGUCAAGUACGACAGGAACCUGGUGGCCGCUACCAUCAAGGCCAUGGAGAGAGUGGAGGAGAUCCGACAGCGCAGAGAGCGGGUCUUCACCAAGCGUCGGUUGGCGGGCAAGCUUGCGCGGGACCGCAAGCGCGAGGAGGACCGCAAGGUGGUGGCCUCGGGCGAGCACCUCAUCCGCAAGGAGCUGCGCGAGCGCGAGGAGGGCCAGCUGGCCGCUCUGGACACGGGCAAGACCAGACUCCACGGCGAGGAGCGCAUCAGAACAGGAAAGAGGACCAGAGUCUUGGUCGACGGAACUACGCAGGAGGAAAUGGAUCUCGACUAAAGGGUCUUUUUGGGUUCUUACGUUUCUUUCUCCCCGGCUGCCCGGUCGGGUUCGAUACCUUGCGGUUAUGAAUGGAGUUGGGUUUUGUUCAAUGUUAAGCAUUUUGCUUUGUCAAAAAGUAUCCCAGUGGUUUCUCUUGUGUCAUGAACUUUCAUGUCCACUUGUUAUAUUUCUUUCGCUGUCAUUAUAUGGGCCUAAUCAUAUAGAGAUAUUGAUAAAUUUGUCGACUCGUCCAGCAGCAGUGGCUCCGAGCAUCAGAUAAAGUCUUUGGUGAAAGACAGUAGAUUGGCU